AUGUCGCAGUCGCAUGUCCCAGAUAGGGCCCGCAAGUAUAAGGAAGAGCCGGCGCCUGUAGCGUCGCAGAAGAUGCCCUCGGCCCUUCUGCACCCUCGACCGUUGGAGUUUCGAGCGUCGCGCCCAAGCCCGCGCCCCGUCACUGUCACCGCCGCUGUUGGCUUCACCCUCGUUUCUUUUUGCAUGCAGCGUCCGCCUCUGCAAGCCCCGUCCACUCAUCCUCGGCCACCCCAGCACACCCGCCCUACCCUCUACAUGCAUCACCCCCACUCAGCCCAGGGUUUGCCGCCACCAACCCACCAUCCGGUGCACCACCCUAGGCCUGGCGUAGUCCAUCAUCACCACCAGCCACACCCCGACUCUCCUCACCAGUCAGCACCUUCACAAAGCCCAGCACAGGGCCACUAUCCAUCGCCGCAUCCAUCCAACCACCAAGGGCCUCCACCACACCAGUCGCCCUACGUUCAGCAACUCCAAGGACCACCACCACCGCAACAGCAAGAAGUGCCUUAUUAUUCGGCGCACCCCAGUCCGUACAGCACUAACAGUGCCCCAAGUAAUUACUCUUCUUCAGAAGCACCAGAACUCAUGGCGGCCGCAACUAUGAACCGGACGGGGUUUCCACCAAUUUCAUACCACACCCCCCAGUCCAACUCGCCUGCGUCUGUUCAGUCCCCGCAACAUGACCAGCAUGGAAGGCCUAUCUAUGGACAGCCACCAAGCCAGAUGCCGCAAUCAAUGUAUUACACACCAUAUGCAUCGUCAGCUGUGCCUCAACCAUCGCCAUACCCGCAGCAUCCUUCGUCGACACCUCAGCAGCCGAUGGCGACAAACCCUCUUUUGAUGUCACACCAACAGAGCCAACAGAUGCAACACCCACACCAGCAUCAUCCCCAAACACCCGGGAUGGCUGGAAGCCCAAAGCCUCGCAUGUCACAGACGCCUCUUCAAAGGCCACCAUCUGGGCUUGGUCCCCCUCAACAACCGCCUCAAGGUCCCCCGGUUGGUACACCAAACAUGCACGCGGGUCCUCCUGGCGGUCCCAACGUCAACCCAAAUGCUGCACCUGGUCCAAUUCCUGCCACAACCCCACUUGUCGUACGGCAGGAUCAGAAUGGCGUCCAGUGGAUUGCUUUCGAAUACUCGCGCGACCGGGUGAAGAUGGAGUACACCAUUCGCUGUGAUGUCGAAUCGAUCAACGUCGAAGAGCUUCCCCAAGACUUCAAGACAGAGAACUGUGUAUACCCACGCGCGUGCUGUGCCAAGGACCAAUACAAAGGCAACCGACUACACUACGAAACUGAAUGCAAUACCGUCGGUUGGGCAUUAGCUCAGCUGAACCCUUGCCUGAGGGGAAAGCGAGGUCUCAUUCAGCGAGCAGUCGACAGUUGGCGAAACAGCAACCAAGACCCACGACUGAGGAGUCGUCGCGUAAGGAGAAUGGCCAAGAUGACCACCAGGAAAGCGCAGGCGAACACACACGGUACCCACAUGGCUGGCCCAGGUGGACCAGGCACACCUGGGGUUCCCAACUCAGCCGGAAUGGCAGGCCCACCCCGACAACCGAACAUGGGCAUGGGAGGUCCCCAGAUGCAUCAUCACCAUGACCAUUCCGGCGGACCCCAAGGAGGAUCAGAUGAUGUUAGCGCCAAUGACUACUCUGAAGCGCAUACACAUCACCACCAGGCGCCAAACGGAUCGCCCAGCGACACACGGCAAACACAUAACUUCUACCCCACCUUCCCCACCAGCGACUCAGCUGCGGGAUCAAGCGGUAUGCCACCGAUUCACGACGGCCUCAGUCACCCCCCACCUCCGCCGCAUGCGGCUGGUGUUCCCGUAUCGAAGCAGCAAGAGCAAGACGAAGAGGAGCGAAAACUAGCUAUGUUUGGCGACCUACCGGAGUCGAAGCGUCGUAAGUUCAUCCUAGUAGACGACGCGCAACGCGGAACAAGAGUGCGUGUACGCGUCACACUCGACACCGUGAAGAUGGAGGAAAUGCCAGACUCGUACCGCAAGUCAAACUCGGUGUUCCCACGCAGUUACUUCGCCAUGCAGAUGACAUCUCCGCCUGCCAGCCCCCGUGGUAGCAAGGUCUUCAGCGACGAACCCGAUGUGGAGAACGACCCAAGUUUCCCUGUGGCGGGCACCACCAGUGUGCCAGUGCCUACUCUCGAUGGCGAGACCCGUGUCCCGAAGCCGCGUCUGACACGAGCGAAGCGGUCGAAGGAGAUCACACUCAACGAUCUCGGGUACCGCAUGAGUUGGAGCCAGAGUCGUGUCUUUGCUGGCAGAACAUUAUUCCUGCAAAAGUCUCUUGAUGCCUAUCGCAAUAAGAUGCGAAGCAGCAUGAUGGGCCAAGGCCAGGACGUCACCCAAGUAGCGCCACACUUCGAGACGCGCGUUGGAAAGCGACGCUGGAACGAGAGAAUCGAGAGAAACAAGAAGACGAGGCGCGACGGGUCUCCUUAA